AUGAUUUUAGGCUUUAAUAGUUUCAAGAUCCCGACUGGCUGCUCUCAAAAGCCAUCUUUGCAUUGUUCCUCGUCGGGCUCCUUGCUCGCCACGGACUCUGGCAGCUUUAUCGCCAGAGUCCCUGAACUGUGCGUGCCCACCCGCCUCGGCCUCCCAAAGUGCUGGGAUUACAGGCGUGAGCCACGGUGCCCAGCUCUCGCUUUCUUUUUAAUCUCCUGCAUCAGAUCACCCGCGUGCCGCACCGUGUCAGAUGCAGCCGUAGACACCAGCCCCGAAAUCAUCACCAAGGACUUAAAGGAGAAGAAGGAAGUUGUGGAAGAGGUGGAAAAUGGAAGAGACGCCCCUGCUAAGGGGAAUGCUAGGGAGCAGGAGGCUGACAAUGAGGUAGAUGAGGAAGAGGAAGAAGGUGGGGAGGAAGAGGAGGAAAAAGAAGGUAAUGGUGAGGAAGAGGAUGGAGAUGAAGACGAGGAAGCUGAGUCUGCUACAGGCAAGUGGGCAGCUAAAGAUGAUGAGGAUGAUGAUGUCCAUACCAACAAGCAGAAGACCAACAAGGAUGACUAGACAGCAAAAAAGGAAAAGUCAAACUGAAAAAAAAAAGGCCACUGUGACCUAUUCACCCUCCAUUUCCUGUCUCAGAAUCUAAAGGUGGUCACCUUCCAGUA